CUCAUUAUGUCAGAGUACCUUGUUGAUCAAGAAAAGUAUUUCUAUUGGAUAUUAUUGCAUAUGUACGGAGAAUUAUGCAUUGCAACAGCUAUAAUGUUAGCAACAGGUUCAAUGUUUAUCUCAUAUCUUCUACAUACCUGUGGAAUGUUUAAAAUUGCUAGUUAUCGUAUCAACCAUGCAGUAAAUAUUAAUACCAUACGAAAUAUUACGUUAAAAAAUAAGGUUUUCAUGAUCAAGAGCAUAAUUUGUGCUAUAGACAUUCAUCGUCAAGCAAUGAAGUUGUCCAAGCAUUUAGUGUCCUCAUUCGAGAUAACGCUGCUUUGUUUCACUGGAGGAACAGUUGUUUUCUUUACCCUCAAUUUGUAUCAAGUAAGUUUCCGGUUUCGUGUAUGGAUUCCUUAUGAAAAAAUAUACUCUUGGCGAUUUGAAAUGACACUCAAAUUGAGGGUUAAUUCUCAAGUUGGAAGUUUAUUUGAGAGUUAA